AGAAAGAGAAAUUUAAAUUUGAUUUUGAAUCAGCUUUAAAGAUUAAUCUGGCAUCAUCAGUAAUAUCACCAUUAAAUAUUAGUAAAAAGAGAAUGGCAAGUUAUGAAGUCGGGGAUAUAAUAAGAACUUCAAAGAGUAGAUCAAGAACUAUUUCUAAUAAAAAAUAUAUCUUAUGUGUGGAUAAAAAUCCUAAAAAGCUUGAAGAACUUGGUUAUUCAACGUUAUCAGCAACAAGUGGUCAAGAAGCAAUUGACUUUCUUCUGUCAAAAUUUGAGUCAUUUAGUAUCAAUAAUUCGGAUUCUUAUGUUUCAGAAGAGAAUAGAUUGAAAUCUUUUGAAAUUUUAAUGAUUUUAAUGGAUUGUACAAUGACCGAGAUGUCGGGUUUUGAUACUUCACAAGCAAUUAGAUUAAUGAAUUCACAAAUUUCAAACAUUCCAAUUGUUGCUUUGACAGCUAUUGCAACUGAGGAAAUGUUUAAUAAGUGCAAAGAAUCAGGAAUGAACUAUUGUCUUACGAAACCAUUAAAAACCAAUCAAUUUAAUGAAAUUAUUAAACAAUUGUUUAAAUAA